GGAGUUGAUUCGGAUGUUCUUGUUCAUAAUAAUGACCCCGACGAUUCGUCAACGUUGUACGUGAUGAAUUCGAUCGGCCAGAUGCAGAGAAAAGACUGGGGCAAUCUAUUGAAGAAUCAUAAUAAUAAAUUUUAUUUCAAAAAUGAAAAAUUGAAUAUGUAUUAUGACUAUAAGGAUAAUGAUUGGUACACUGUUGAGUUUGAGGCGCAAGAACGUUCAAUCAAGUCUGCUCCCUUUUAUAUUCCGGUGUCUGCAUGUAUCGAUAGUGGGUAUGGGGAUGGAGGAUCUAUUGAAAACUCUUAUGAGGCUACAGUAACGUUUACUAAUUCGCUUGAGGCUGCAACUUCUUAUAAUUAUUCGAAUAUUCUACUUGGUGCUAAUUUGGGGGUUGAAGUUGGUAAUUCCUUCUCAUAUUCUGGCUCUUACUCCUGUAGUGUUUCUAAAGGAGAGUACUCUCAAUUAAUGAUUAAACCAUUUUACGUCGACGUUCCGAAAAGUACAAGAAGAAGAGCCAUUUACGAUAAAAGCGAAGGUAUGGUUAUUGAUGGCAAGCACAAAGAGGAGGUAGAUACUUUUAAAAUGAUCAUUAGCCAAAAACCAAACCAUUAUUGUAUGACUGAUACAAAUCCAUCCAACUUAAAAUGUGCU